CCAAGCUGCCCUAGCGGGCCAAGGGCGUGCGCACCUCCUGACGCAGGAGAUAUACCCGCUAUCCUCUCCGGCCCAUUGAUGAUCUGAAGACUACCUUGCUUGUAUCCCGACGAAAACUGUGCACAAGAUGUCGACGAACGCAACUUGCUUCAAGGAGAUGGCGCCGGAGAAGAGCCCGCCUCUGUUCCAGCACGGCAAUGUGGUGUUCCAAGCCCAUCAAGUCGGCUGGAUCGUGUCCGGGUUCUUCAUGAUGGUGGCAAUCGUAGCGUCUUUCUGGUUGAUAAACAAGCAUCUGCAGUGGUAUACAAAUAAACGCGAGCAACGAUACAUUGUCCGCAUCUUGUUCAUGGUCCCUAUCUAUGCUGUCAUCAGCUUCGGCUCUUAUAUAUACUGGAACCAUGCGACUCCAUUGCUGCUCAUCCGCGAUUGCUACGAAUCCACUGUGCUCACCGCGUUCUUCUAUCUCCUGCUCAUGUAUCUUUCCCCCGAUCCGGACGAGCAAAAGGACAUAUUCCGGAAGGAGGGCCUCUCCCGCCAAUAUGACGCUACGGCUCACCGGCUAGGCAAGCCUCCGCGCAAGUGGAUGUUCCCUCUUGGCUUCGUGAAAUGGAAACCCCAAGACGGUUACUACUUCUUGCAGCUGAUGAAGUGGGCUAUAUUGCAGUACUGUGUCAUCCGUCCGGUCACGACCCUCGCAGCCGUUAUUCUGAACUACAUGGGUCUGUAUUGCGAAGACUCCUGGUCACCGCGCUGGGGCCAGGUCUAUAUCACUACCGUUGUUUCGAUCUCCGUCACUGUUGCGAUGUACUGUCUUCUACAAAUGUACACGUCGGUUUCAGAGCAACUCAAGCCGCAGAAACCGCUCUUGAAACUCUUUGCCGUCAAAGCUGUUGUAUUUCUCACAUUCUGGCAGGCUUCGCUUCUUUCGGUCCUUGCUAUGUUCGGGUGGGUGAAGGAUACGAAGUACAUGACCGCGGAUGACAUCAACACCGGUAUUUCCGCCAUCCUUGAGACGUUCGAGAUGAUGUGCUUCGCGUUUCUGCACAUCCGAGCGUUCACGUACAAGGUCUACCGGCCCGCCUACAACUCACAAUACGACACUCCGCCCCAGCGCACGCCAAGGCUAAAGUCCCUUGGACAUGCCCUCGAUUUCAGGGAGACAUGGCGCGAGAUCCGCGACGGCGCUGUAUACAUGGUUCACCGGUGGCGGGGAGUCGAGACGGAUCAGGCAGCCCGUCGGACUAUGCACUUGCAGGAGGCAUUUGGGCACAACAGAGCGCGCCUUACCAAGGCGGAUGUUGGCGCCCCGGUACCGGGAACUUUUGAGAAAGUUACGGGAAGGCGAGAUACGCACAACGCGGAGCGCGUCCGUGGCGCGGUUGACAGCGAUGCAGACAUGAUGGUCUCGGAAGGCCGUAGGCGGUGGCUAGACGCUGGCAGGCGGGAGAAGAGCGAAGGAUUGGAGGCAGAGAUAGAGCGCGAGUUGCAGAAGAAAGGCUAUUCCAUUCGGGGUCGAAGGGAUACCCCAUCGGGGCAAUAUGGCAGACUCCCUGCUGUCGACGAUGACGAUCAGCAAAACCAACAAGGUCACGGUUCUAGAAAGCGGUCCUUCUGGCGCAGCAUAUAUGACCGCAUAUCCCAGACAAAUGCGCCUUCGGCUCAGGAAUAUGAAUGGGAUAACGACAUUGACCACGAGAAACUGCUGCGUCCGUCAUCGUACCAACCUACUCAGGACUCGCAGUGGCAGUAUCAACGUCGGCAACCAGCUACGCAAACGUUACUGUACGACGACCCACCGCCACGAUCUGUCAUCCGCAGCUAUCGCGGUGAGAAGCGAUCCCGAUCGUCGGACAACCACAGGGCCCAGCGGAACCUGAAUCCAUACGGAAACCCGACUGCGUAUGAGCCUUCGGCGACUCGGGAAUUUCGUGCGCCUCCUUUGCCGGCCUCCACGAGCUACCUGGCGGCGCCCUCUGCUCGCGACCAUCGAUCGUACCUGCAGAUUCCACAACAGACCAUGCAACGCUCAGACAGCCUCCUGCAACGCGUCUUUCCGCAUUCGGCCCCGCAUUCCGACUGCAUCCGCCCAAGCUCGCGCCCGGAGAAAUCGUUGCGAGAGAUCCAGAUGCAGUUAGGUUUCCAGAAAUAA